AUGGAUAAGCUGAAUCUUCUCUCUCUGCACGUUCCGGCCAUCUACGGCGAGCGAGAGCUCCCGGGCGAGGCCCAGGCGUUGGCUCCAGUCACGGAAUUCCCUGCGUACUGGCAGAAGGGAGCGGCCGCUCCACAAAGCACACAGACUGAGGCAGUCUCUUCUCAGGUUCCGCCCUCAGACGCUUCAAGUCAGACGUGCGACUCCCAGACCGUUGCCCGUCAGGUGCCUGCGGUGUGCGCCUCUGAGACGCAAAUGACGAGGCCUGGAGCCGAAGUCCCCCAGGUGGCGGCUCGUCCUUCUGCCUCUGAGUCGCUCGCGUCUCCUUCCUGUGCGGCGUCUGCUGCGUCUCGUGCGGUUGACUCGCUUGCACCCACAGAAAAGAACGCGAUGGACCCGGGGACCGAGCGACAAGAGGCGGAGCCAGAGGACGCUCCCCGCUCCAGCGAGGCUGUGAAGGCCGAUCUCGACAGCUCGGUGACUCUGCCGCCUGUUGUCCCGGAAGAGAAAGUCGAUGUCUCUCCAGAUGCAGCGUCGCUGCUCAUGCUGUGCUCGGUCCCAGGGACGAACCCACGAGACGACAGUCUCCCCUCGAGCGCUGGGACUCAGUCGGUCCAUGUGGACGGAGCGGUCACGCCUACAACGCGCUUUUCAACGGAGCAAGGCGAAGAAGGCACGACGUCGGCGGGAAUAUCGAAUUGCUCGUCGUGCCCGCCAACUGUGUCCUCGCUCCUCGCUGCCUGUCUCCCGCGGGAUGCCUCCGUCGAGUUGUCUGCCUUGCCGGCCGUGUCGCCGGACCAGGCGCCCCUCCUCUCGUCGAUUCUCGCCGGCUCCGAGGAAGGCUUCCUCUCGGAGGAGGCAGUCGCCGCGCUGGCGGGCGACGCGUCCUCGCUCGUCUCGGACCCGGUCGCUGGCCACGCGUUGACCUCGCUGGCUCUGCUGAGAGGCGUGAAGGACUCACUGAGCCCCGCGGCGGCUGAGGCGGCGGCUUCCGCCCAGCGCGAACUGCAGCGGCUCUUGGAGCUACAGCAGGAGCAACAGAGACAGCGGCGCCUCCUCGCGGGCGUCGUGAAGGGCGAGGAGAGCAACGUGGAGAACGCGUUUCUGGGCGCUCUCGAAGACGCCAUGCGACAGGAAGUCGAGAGCGCCGCGACAUCGCCGACCCUCACAGACACCAAACCCGCACCAGCCUUCGACAGGUCUGGAAGGGACGAGUCCAGUUCGGGAGCCGCGAGAAACGGAAGAGGCGCGAGAGGAACCGGUGCAGGGAGCGGCGAAGAGUUGCUCGAAGACGACCCUGCCUUGGUCGCUUCACUGCGAGAACUGCUGGAGACGCUCCCCAGAAAAAAAGACGGCGACGCGCGCAUGCUCCUCCUCGGCGAAAAACCCUUCGUCCGACCUUACGCCCGUCAGAUUGUGGAGAUGUGGAAGAUUCACUUGGGCGAGACGGGGCGGACGACGCUGAAGAAAGAAAUCAGUGAGAGGACGCAGGCUGACGCCACGCUGAAGCGGCGCGUGUUGUGCAUCGCGAAACUGAAGAUGGCGACGCUCGAAGAGCUCGUGCAAAUUGCGGAGAUCACCGGCCUUCUGGAGCGGACUCUGCAGAUUGCGAACAAGUACGAAGCAGAGCGACAGGCGGCUCCAGUGAGUCGUCAGAACGUCUCUCGGCGGGCUCUGUCCCUCGUCUGCUCCCGCGCGAACGCGGCGCCUCCUCACCCGGCCUCUCAGAAUUUCGGCAUGCAGGGACGCCGCGACUCGCCCUCGGUCCCCAGUGUGGGGCUGUCCUCUCCCCUCAUCUUUGAUCCGUCUCUCCUCGCCUGCUCAUCGCUGACGGCGGGAGUGUCUUCGUGCUUCUCCACGAGUGCGAGUUCGCGCAGGUCGCCCUCGCCAGCCCCCGCAGCGUCUGCCACUGGAGCCGCGCCGCCGGGAGGCGCGGAGCUGGAAGAGAGUGAAGAGAACAAUGAACUUGCGCGGCUGCUCACCUCGGCUUCCGUGAAUUUGUCCGACCCCACAGCUGCAGGUGCUCGUCUGCGCUGGCCAAAGGGCGAAGGCCUUCUCGGCGCUCCGGCGUUGGCGAGUCAGCAGCUGAAGAAUGCAGCAGGCGGAGGCGCAGGCGACAGCAGCAGCAGUGGGUUGUCUGCCUCUUCGGCGCUCUUCGAUUUAGGAGACUCCGAGCUCUCGGCGGCCGACGCGACUGCGGCGGCUGCGGGCCUGCUGUCGAUCAUCACGCAGCAACAGGUGCGGUCGCGCCCAACUAGCGACUGCAGCCCCAUGGACCCUUCUGCUGUGGCGACCGGAGCCGUUGGGCCCUCCUCGACUGAGGAGUUGCUUCUCGCGGCCUUUGGCGGCGACGAAGCCGCUGCGGCGGUCGUUGCGGCGCUCGCCUCUGGAGGAGCCGCGGAGGCGCAACUGCAGGACACAACCUCGCAGGAGACAGUGGCAACUUCCGCGAGGAAGCCGAGCAGAAAACGCUCGCGGAAGCGCAAGGUCAGCGUUGCGGCUGGAAGCGGCCUGCAGGCGAGUGUCGACGGCGACGCGGCGUCGUUCUCAGAGAGCAGCAGCGUGUCCUCGAAACAACGCGCACUGAUGGGGAGCGACGGGGAGUUGGUCGGUCUCGGCGAAGGUUUGAAGCAGCGACUGGACGAGGCGGAAGGCGCCACGGGCUUGGGGACGGAGCGCGGGCCGACUGGCCUCAUGACCCAGUGCCAGGCGCUGGAAGAUCACGGAGAAAGAGACACGGAAGUCGAAACCGGAACUGGCGCGACGAACUCGCCGCUCCUGACGCUCCUGGAGAAGUCCCUAGCUGGAUGCAGAAAGCAGGGUCGUUCAGGCAGUGAUGCGUCCGGCCUGUCGCAUGCGGCGCUCGCGGACGCCAAGGAGGAAGACACGAAGCCGGGGAAAGCGGACGAAAGCCUGCUGUCGGGAAUCGACGGCGGUAUCCUGUCGUCGCCGGACCUCUUUUCUGCGUGCGUGAAAACGACUUCGGAAGCCGCAGAGUUCAUGCUCGAAGAAGAGGACAGCGCGGCGUGCGAACGGCGCGUCAAGGCUCGAGUCGUCGGAGCCGAUCCGAGCCUGCCACAGACGGGAGACGCGCGCGGGUCGAGCCCGCACGCCGCAGAGCAGCAAGACGCACGCGACGUGUUUCCUGCUCAAACGCCAGCGGCAAGUGCGCCCGAGAACGGCUCCAGAAGCUUUCUCCCCUCCACGACGCGAGACAGCGACGCCGACAGUCGGAGCACAACGAGCAGCCGGAGCUUUGGUGUUAGCGGCGCCUGUGCAGUUCUGGAGGCGCGGUGCCGGGGAGGGGAGACAGCAAACGAGGAGAGACAGUGUUCCCUCAGUGCUGCGCUUGCCUCGCUGCAGGCGUCUGUGCGAGGAAGAGGAGCGGGUGCGUCGCAAGAGUGCCCCAGUGGCGAGGCCGCCUGCAUCGGUGGGGACAGUGCGCACAGCCAGAGCGAAAGUGUCUCCCGUGAGGCGACCAGCGAGAGCGACAUUCGGGCGGCGGUGGGCAACGCCCUGCGGCGAGUGGCUGAGGCAACCGAGCUGGGCAGUGACGAGGCGGUCCGAGACCCGUUUGCGGAAGCGUGUGCACGCGAGGCGCAUGAUCUUCUCGACAGAGCUACGCGGGCGAAUCUCGCGCUCGGCAUAACGCCUGGGUCUGGUGACGAGGACGCGAGCAAGGGAGGCAGUCGAGUUUGCAGAAAGAGAAGUCGCCAGGAUGGCGAUUUGGAUCUGCGCACAACCCUACAGAUUCUCAGCACGGUCUGCGUGAUGUACCUGAAAGAGAACUUGCGUUAUGUGGGAAGCGAACCGGAGCACUUGACGUGA